AUUACUUGAAGAAGAAAAUAUCAAAGCCUCAUCUAGUCAAAACAAUGCUGCACCAGGAAGAACAAAUGAAAUAAAUAGUGACUUUGAAGAUUUUCUAUAAUCUAAAGUUAUUCAAUCUAUUAAAGAAUACUCUGAUGGAUCCUAUUCUAUGAUUAUUGGAUACCUAAAUUGGACAUUAUGAUUGAAUGCGAUGGAUCCUUCCAUUAAAAAAUUAUUCCUAUGAUAAAAAAAGGAUGGUUCAACCUCGGCAAUAGAUUUCCUCAUUUUGAAUGCAAAUCGAAAGCUUAUAUCAAUCAAUUGGUUUAAACAAAGAGAAAAAAGGUUUAAAGAAGACAAAUUUGGAUAUAUAUCUUAAUUAUGAAAUAAAAUAGAAAAGAACCCUGAUAUUAUCUAUGCUGAAUGAAUAUUUAUUAUUUUAGUUCACUAU